AUGCGUUUUGGGGGUCUCCCUGGGGGCCUCUCUUGCCCCGCGGCUCAAACUCCGACUGCUGCGCAAGAGGGACCUGGAGGGGGAGGCCCUCAGCUGCUGGCUGUACCCAGCAGCAGCAGCAGAAGCAGCAGCAGCAGAAGCAGCAGCAGCAGCAGCAGCAGCAGCAGCAUGGUGAACGCAAAGAUGCAGGAGGAGACACUUCGCGCCGCCUCAGAAGACACGCGAGAGCAGACGAGAGACAGCACUGCAGAGGACGCGGGGCUGCUGUACAGCAGCAGCAGCAGCAGCAGCAGCAGCAGCAGCACGAAGCACUGCGCGCUGCAGGCCCUGAAGCAACUGUCCCCGCGUCUCCACGAAUGCUCCGAGGUCAUUGCGCGGACUUUGCUGCUUCAAGGAGUUUCCAGGGGCCCCUCCCUUGGGGGCCCCCCGGGGGGACCCCCCGGGGGGGCCCCUGGGGGGCCCCCAGGGGGCCCCCAGGGGGCCACACCCCAGCUGGAGGGUACAGACAGCCUGGGGGCCGUGUCUGCUGCACUUAAGCAGCUGCAACUCUCAAUUGACAAUUUUAGUUUUGUUCUUUCUGCAUGCGAAGGGCGGCUGCUGUCUGCUGCAGCAGGGGCCCCCCUGGAGGCCCCCGGGGGGGCCCCCUCGGGGGCCCCCCUGGGGGCCCCCCCGCGGAGGGGACCCCCAGACUUCGGGGGGCCCCCCGAGGCGGCGGGCAAGAGCUGGGGGGCCCCCAGCAGCAGCAACACCACUAGGGCCCAGAUGGGGUCUCCCUCAGCAGCAGCAAAAGCCCGAGAUGAUGAGGGGCCCCUCUCUCCUGUCUUUUAUUUAAGCAGAGAGGCCUCAACUCCUGCUUCCCGUACCCUCCUCCCGGAAGGCCCCCCGGGGGCCCCCUCUGCAGCACUGGGCCCCCCCCCCCCGGCCCCAGGGGCCCCUCCGAGCGAACUGUGGGGGGCCCCUCUGGGGUCUUCUCCGGGGCCUUCUCCAGGGGCCCCUCGGGGAGCCCCUCGGGGGCCCCCUCCUGGGGCCCCUCCAGCGGGGCCUCCAGGGGUACUAGCGGGGUAG